CGGACGUCGCCUCUUGUGUUUCUGGUUGGCGUUGUUGCUCCGCGCGCAUUCGUGCCAGCACCUUUUGGUUCUUGACUUGGCAAAGCGACAGACGGUCGUCGUAGUACAUACCCGUGGGGUUUCAGGCGUGUUUUGGUGCUUGCUCCUCGACCAGGAAUCAUGGCUGUCCGUGCUCAAUUCGAGGGCAGCAACGAGAUUGGUGUCUUUGCCAAGCUCACCAACUCGUACUGCCUCACUGCGCUCGGCGGUUCCGAGAACUUUUACAGCAUUUUCGAGAGCGAGGUCGGCGAGGUUGUGCCCGUCAUUCACUGCACCGUGGCCGGAACUCGCGUUAUCGGCCGCCUGACGGCGGGCAAUCGUCACGGCCUUUUGCUGCCCAACACCACCACCGACCAAGAGAUGCAGCACAUCCGCAAUGCCCUUCCCGAUGCAGUCAAGGUCCAGCGCGUGGAGGAGCGUCUGUCGGCUCUGGGCAAUGUGAUUGCCUGUAACGAUCACGUGGCCCUGGUGCACCCUGAUCUGGAUCGUGAAACGGAGGAGAUUAUCAUGGACACACUCAACGUUGAGGUGUUCCGUCAAACCGUGGCAAACCAUGUUCUUGUCGGCAGCUACUGCGCUCUCUCCAACAAUGGCGGUCUGGUUCACCCUCACACUUCUAUUCAAGACCAAGAUGAGCUGUCCUCUCUGCUCCAGAUUCCGCUUGUUGCCGGUACCGUCAACUAUGGUAGUGAUGUUGUGGGUGGCGGCAUGGUCGUGAACGACUGGGCCGCUUUCUGCGGCCUGGAUACCACCAGCACUGAGAUCUCGGUCAUUGAGAGCAUAUUCAAGCUGCAGGACCGCAAGCCCAUGUCCAUCAUGGAGGAGAUGCGCGACCCUCUUCUUGACUACAUGGCUUAAGUUGUUUUGACGUUUUGUUUCCCUCUCCUUGUCAUUCUGUUCCAGUGUUUUCUAUCCUUGGUGUAGGUUUUGUGCGUGUGGGUGAGUGGUUUCUGCUCCUUCCUCGAGUGAUUUCCCCCGUUUCGGGGGUUGUGGGCUCAACGGCGUCCUGGAGCUUGCGAUGCCUGUCUGUGUGAGCAUAUUCAUGAAGCAACAAUCCACCUUGAAGAAUG